ACAAAAGAAAUACUUGGAAAUUUCGCAUUUUGUUGAAAAGAUGCUUAAACUGAAUCCUGAAGAAAGAAAACAAAUACAAAAUUUUGUCUCGGAAGCAAAAAGAUACGAAGAUAGUAAAAUGGAGAAAUUUAAUAAUAUCAAAACACCUACAAAGAAAGAAGAAGAGCAGAAUGUGAUGCUGUCACUGAUAGAAAGAAUGAAGGCCUUCUUCCAGUCCUUGUCACCAUUCUUCCGACAUGGUUCAGGAAAGGUCCUAUUUCUCGGCCUUUCGUUGUAUUUGGUCUUCCUCCAUCUCAGGGUCGAAGUAAUUAAAACACAGAAAUUUGGUAACCAAAGAGUCAAAACAUUUUUUUAAAAGUAUUUUUGUUUUUUUCAUAUAUGGAUAAUAAAUGUUUGACUCUCAAGACUAAACAGUUUAAGAAAGCAUUUAUGUAUGAAGUGAAGUUUCUCUCGUCCAAAAUGGAUGGACAAUUGCAAUUAACAAUGUUCUAAAACAGAUUUUGCUUUAUCUUGGGAGGGUCAUUAUACCAAUAAAUACACAUAUGCUGGUUUUAUUUCACUUCUUUUAUUAUUGUUAUUAUUAAUCAACUUGUUAACCAUUUAACCAAUUAACUGAGUGUUUGAUUAAUCAUAUGAUCAAUCAGUCAACCGGUUAUGUUUGUCACUCCUUUCAUCACCAUCUGUGACCUAAUCAACAACACGCUCUCUCUACUCCACGUUUAUCUUCUAAUUUUCAGAUAAUUACAAUCCAUAAUUGUUUUUUGUGGGAACUCUGAUUUUGACUAAAGAUUGAGGAAGUUUCCAUGAAGUGAGUGAAACAGAUUUCUUGGAUACAAUGGUUUCAUAGAUAAUGUUGAUUAAAUUCAUUUUGUCUUUGAAAUGAUUCGGUUCCUUCUUUUGGCAGCCACCAGAAGAGACAUGGCAUUGUUGAGAAAUCUGUCAAAGUAAAUCUUAGAUAAAAUAAACAUGUUUUCAUUUUAUGUUAUAUAAUUAGUGUUUGGAAGUUAUAACCUAUAUUUACGAUAUUGUAAGGUAAUUUGGGAGUUACGAUAGAUAUUUAUGACAUCAUAAUGUGAUUUAGGAAUUAUGACCUAUUUAUGACAUAGUAAUGUAGUUUGGAAGUUUAACACAUUUAUGACAUCAUAAUGUAGGUUAGGACUUAUGACCUCAUUUAUGACAAGGUAAUUUGGGAGUUAUGAUAGAUAUUUAUGACACCAUAAUGUAAUUUAGGAAUUAUAACCUAUUUAUGAUGUAGUAAUGUACUUUGGGAGCUCAGCACAUUUAUGGCAUCAUAAUGUAAUUUAGGAAUUAUGACUUAUGACCUCAUAAUAUAAUUUGGGAGUGAUGACAUUGUAAUGUAUUUUUCAGAAUGAGUGAGAGGAACUAAAACUAAUUUUGUCUAAAUCUAUGUAAAAAUUAAUUUUUGAACUAAUAGAUGUAUUACAAUUAAAAUUCUCAUAUUUUUCUAUACCUUUUUCACCGCCAUCACCCUCAUAUAUCUGUUGUAAGCUAUUCCCACUGCUCUGCUUUAUAUAAUAAUAAUAAUGAUAAUAAUAAUAAUAAUAAUAAUAAUUUCUUCUCCAUGUAAAUGCAAUCUGACACAUUAUUGUUAUAAUUUUUUUAAAAAAGAAUUUUUUUUUUUUACACAUACAUCAGUUUUUCAAUUGCAUGACACCUCUCCUGUUUGCAUCUUUAGAUGCAGAAACUUGUUGUCCCUUGAUGGGUCUCUGGUUGAGACUUGGGCACAGCUUGUAUAAAGUGAAGUAAAGGCAAAACAACAACAACAACAGUAAUAAUAAUGCCUUGUUUUUAAAUAUAGCUUGUUGAAAUAAAUUUUGAAAAAAAAAACAACCUGAAAA